CUUCCAUUCAAGAUAAUCUUCUAACAUUCUUCUACUAAAGAUCUACAUUCAAAAAAUAGAGCACCUCAAUACUACAAUGGCUCGCCCAUUCCCCUACCCUAUAACACACCAUAUCCAAUCCCUUCCCUUAUCCAUCGGCAUCUUCAUGUCGAUUUUCGCUCUCGUUGCUCUUUGUGCAAGACGCGGCAGUAGAUCACCACGGUGUAGGUACGAUAACGAUGCAUACGAGCAAGAGGCCGCCGCGACAAAGAGAAACACAACUUCUUCUCCCAUGAAUCACAAGACGCCGCCAAGAUCACCCUUGGCUAACCCUAGAAAGUUAUUGUCAAACAUAAGCAAUAACAUGAAACCUUAUAGUAAAAAAAAUGGAGAUGAUCAUAUAAUUAAGGAAAAUGAUGUUGUGGUUGUUGACCAAAGGGAAGGCUUUGGAGAAGGUGGUUUAUGGCAAAAAGAGAUUUUAAUGGGAGAAAAAUGUCAGCCACUUGAAUUUUCAGGGGUGAUAUACUAUGAUAAUUAUGGUAAUAAAGUCUCUCAACCUCCAAGGUCCCCUAGAGCUACUGCUGUUAGCUUCCAAGGGAGCAUGCCUUUUCCUGUUUCAAGUCGUUCAAGUUCAGAUAUUAAUUAGAUAGAAUAACGACGAAAAAAAAGGUUCUUUUUUGUUUUAUAUAUGUACAAAUCAUUAAUGUGAAUUUCCUCAAAGUUUGAUACAUAGAUGAGGUGAAAAACAUAAAUGUUACAAAUUUUUCCGAGACAUGUAGAUUGAAUGAUAAUUAUAGAUUAGUUAUAAUCGUGUAUAAUACCGUUUUGUAUGGUAAAU